AUGGCAGACUCCAAGGAGCAGGCCACGUCCGGUGGGCAGUCGGCGAGCCGUCGCGUCGCGGGCUCCGUCGGCGAAAAGGCGCAGCAAGUCCUCAAGGAAGACUACGACAAGGCCAGGACCCUGGCGUUUGACGCGCUCAAGAGCAGGGCCUAUCUCUACCCGAUCAAGGGCAUAUUCUACUUCCUCACCCAUCGCUCCUUGUGGAAGCCCUUUACCUCCCGCCUCGCCCCGUACAUCGGGCUCUCCGUGUCCGUCAUCGGCAGCAUGUUUGCUUUUACCUACCUGCCGCAGCUUGCUGUCCUCGUCUUCGUCAACGGCCCGCUUGCCGUCUUCUCCACCGUGCUGGUCGUCCUCAACGAGUCCUCUACCAUUGUGAACAUCGUUGCCCGCAAUUGGUUCCUGCAGGACGCGCUCCUCGACACCUUUGAUGGCACCCUGAUUGCUCGCAACAACACCGCCAUCGUGAGCGAGGGCCGCGAGGUCAAGUCUGGCAGCGACCCCAUGGCGCGCCUCGGGCGCAUCCUCAAGAGCCCCUUUGACAAGUUUAGCAUCACGGCGCUCGUCCGCUACAUCAUCCACCUGCCUCUCAACUUCAUCCCGGUCGUGGGCACCGUCAUCUUCAUCGUUCUUCAGGGGCGGUCCCGCGGGCAGCGUGUUCAUGGUAGAUAUUUUCAGCUGAAGAAGUGGUCGGCUCGCCAGCGCGAGGGCUGGCUCGAAAAGCACACUGGCCCGUAUACGUCGUUUGGCCUCGUCGCGACGUUGCUCGAGAUGGUUCCCGUCGUUUCCAUCUUCUUCACAUACACAAACACGGUUGGUGCCGCGCUGUGGGCCGCGGAUAUCGAGGCGAUGAACACCUCCAUGACCGACGAGACGGCGCCCACGCUUCGGGAGGCGGCCAAGAAGGUCGAGUGA